AUGCGCUACGACUCCCAGAGCUGCUUGUACGUUUGGGUUGGAGGCAGCAGGAAAAACCUGGAUGCAUCUUUUGCAGCCAUUAGCGCCAUGCUGCUCCUAGCUAUUUUCAUUAUCCAGGAUAGCGCCACCACUGAUCUUGGCAUUCGCAUGAACUUUUCGAAAUCUAGUUGGAAUCGCAAGUUUCACUUGCAACCCCAACCCUUUGAUCAGGUUUUCGUUCCAGUGACUGCUCUACGGGUGAUUAUAGUACAAAUUAGCAUGGCAUCGCUCUCAUUCUCUCCCGACGCCUCAAUUUCCUCCCACACACUCUCCGCUGGCUCUGCCCAGCCUCCGCCCAUGGACCUCCAGAAUUCCUCUACGAAUCUACUCGCCAGCCUUCUCCAAUCGCCGCAUACCUUCUUGCAGCCUACAUCAACCCUAAAAGGCUCAUUCCUUGCCGCCACAAAACAAUACCUAGACCCGGUAGCAACUGGCGUGAGCCAAGUGCAAUUACAGCGACAACAAGAUCUGCGGAGGAAAAGGAAGAGGGGCGAGGGCCGUGAUAGCGAUAUUCACGUCUUGCACUUAAAGAAGUUACAUUUGGAGGGUUUUGGGGUUGGCCAAGUGUUCGAGCAGUCGAGGAAAAUUCUGGAUGCGGCGACCGAAGAAAUCGAGCUUUCACUACUUCAGGUAGAAGAUAGUCAACUGGCAGUCACAAAAAGGCCUGAUUCCGAAGGAUCGGGGGAGGAAGAUGAUGAGGUCGAUGGAGGCCUGAGCGACUCUAGCUUAGGGAAAGAAGGGGUAGAUUGGGAAUACGAUGGCGACGAGGUUCUUGAAGAUGAAAGUGCAUUAGAUGGUGAGGAAGCCUCAGAGGAGGAGCAGUCUGGCGAUGAAUAUCUUAAAAUGGCAGGAGGAGAAGAGGUUACUUUUUCAGAUGAGGACGAAGAGGACGAUGAGCCUGUCGAAACAUAUCGCCCAGAUCCAAACAACCUCAACGAUGGCUUCUUCUCUAUCGACGACUUCAACAAACAGUCCGAGUUUUUAGAGCAGCAAGAUGCAAGAGGAGAACCGCCAGUCACUGACGACGAAGAGGUUGAUUGGGAUGCGGACCCUCUUGCGGCAGCUCCGAAAAGUGGAAGGAAGAGGGGUGAUGAUGACUUUUCCGAUGAGGAAUCAGACGAGGAAGGUCCGACAUUUGGAAACGUUGAUCUUAAUGCCCCAGAAGGCGAUAGUGAGGAUGACGAACCACUUGAAGACGGGGAUAUGGACGGUGUCGACAACAUGACUAAUGCUAACAACGUGAUGUACGCCGAUUUCUUUGCACCACCAGCGAGGAAAGCAGGCAAGAACAAGAAGAAGCGAGGACGUCCAAACCCACAUAACUUCCCCUCGGCAGCAGAUUCGCAAGAUAAUAAGCCCGAUUUUGAAGAAGACGAUGUUGAACGGACCAUGUCUGCUGUACAUCGCGAUCUGUUCGAAGAUGACGACGAUGCGGAAUCUGAUGGCAACCUCACAGACCUAGAUCCCUCGGACCCCAAAUUGCGACGUUCAACCCAUGAGCGAAGGCAAGCAAAGCUCGCUGAAGAGAUCCGGCGACUGGAAGCGGCCAAUGUUGCAAAGCGUGGCUGGCAAAUAUCAGGCGAGGCCCGCGCUGCCGACCGGCCUCUCAAUUCUCUCCUAGAAGAAGACCUCGAAUUUGAACGUGCCGGGAAGCCCGUUCCUGUAAUCACGGCCGAAGUCAGCGAAGACAUUGAAGCACUCAUUAAGCGACGGAUCUUAGCUGACGAGUUCGAUGAAGUACGGAGGCGUCGCCCAGAUGAUCUAGCAACAGGUCCAAAGGUGCGACGGGGACAGUUUCAACUUGACGAUACCAAGUCUGGAAAAGGUCUCGCAGAAAUCUACGAAGAAGAGCAUCUGCAACGAACAGAUCCAAAUUACGUCGAUGUCAGAGACGAAAAGCUAAAGAAGGAGCAUGCAGAAAUCGAGACAUUGUGGAAGAACGUGUCGAGGAAGCUGGACUCACUCAGUUCGUGGCACUACAAGCCCAAGCCUGCGGCACCAACUCUUGAAGUCCGUGUCGAUGCGCCCGCUAUCGAGAUGGAAGAUGCUCGACCUACUGCUGGUGGAGAAGUGGCGGGUGCAAGUAUGCUUGCUCCUCAAGAGCUAUACAGGCCAGGCGAUGAGAAGAAUAAAACUGAAGUCGUUACCAAGGGUGGUAUGCCGAUUGCUCGAGAGGAGAUGACACGGGAGCAGAAAUUGCGUCGCAGGAGAAGGGAGAAAGAGAGGCAGAGUAAGGCUGCGCUUAAUACGACUGGGAAAGAGAGUAGAAAGGAGAAGAAGACAAAGGAGAAGAAACAGUUGAUUGGUGAUUUGAAGAAGGGUGGCGUGCAGGUUAUUGGCAAGAAGGGAGUGAUCACAGAUGUUGAAGGAAAGCAGGUGAGGGAGAAGGCAAGAACUGGAGCAGGUAGCCUGAAAUUACAUCUUCGAAUCCAAUUCCCUCUCGAGAUCUGUUCAUUCACAAUCGAGUCGUUUAGUCAUUGCUUUCAUAUCGUUACGAAGUGA